GGGACAAGUUCCCGGAAGUGAUGACGUUAGGUUUCUGUUUCUCUCCGGGCUGUUGUGAAAGUGGAAAUAAUGCUGCCACUCCAGUUUACGGUCUGUCGGUACGUUUCGACCCAAAGGCUCAUCUGACGCCGUAACGGGACUUCAGCUUGAUUGUCUUUGGAGGUCGAAACUUUGUGGUUGUCAUGGCGCCGCCACUAAAGAGGGCGUUACCCAAAGCGCUGCCAGCGGGCUUCAUACUGACGGACAGCGAGAAGAAGAAGUGGAGGCUCGGCGGAAUAAUCGGCCACGGUGGCUGCGGGACGAUCUACCUCGCCUCCCGUGAUUUGGACAGAGACGUUCCUGCAGACACUGACUUUGUCUUAAAAGUGGAGUCCCGGGAGAACGGCCCCCUGUUCUCGGAGCUCAAGUUCUACCAGAGGGCAGCCAAGCCGGGGAACGUGCAAAAAUGGAAGCAAAGCAGGAAACUGGACUUCCUGGGGAUCCCAACAUACUGGGGAUCAGGACUCGCUGAACACAAUGAACUCAGGUAUCGCUUCAUGGUGAUGGAGCGACUGGGCACCGACCUUCAGAAAGUCGUUGAAUCCAGCGGCGGUCGUCUGGAGGCGGCCAGCGUUCUCCAGCUGGGUCAAGGACUAGUGGAUGUACUGGAGUACAUUCAUGAGAACGAGUACGUCCAUGCAGACAUUAAAGCUGCCAACCUCAUGCUGUGUUGUAGAGACACCGAAAAGGUCUAUCUGGCAGACUAUGGGCUGUCCUACAGAUACUGUCCUGAUGGGGAGCACAAGCAGUACAAGGAGAACCCCAAGAAGGGUCACAAUGGAACCAUCGAAUACACCAGCCUGGACGCCCACAGAGGAGCUGCUCCAUCGAGACGUGGCGACCUCCAGAUUUUGGGGUUUUGUCUUCUUCACUGGUUGUGCGGCUCUCUGCCUUGGAAUAAACUUGUCAAGAAGCCGACUGAGGUGCAGGAGGCCAAGCAGAGACUCAUGGACAAUCUGCCAGACUCCGUCCAGCAUCUGUCAGUCGGUGGAGCCAGCACAGACCAGCUGGCGUCCUUCCUCAGCUACGUGAAGACUCUGGGCUACACGGACAGGCCGGACUACCGGCACCUCAAGCAGCUGUUGGCCAGCGCCGGCCCAGGACGACUGGGCCUCUCUGUGCCGCGAGACCCCCCCGCCAGGGAGAAGACCUCCACGGAUGAAGAACACAAGACCAGACCUGUUCCAGCUCGCUACAUGAGAGGACCCCCCCCCACUAAGCCUCGGUCCCAACAGAGCGACGACGCAGCCGGCAGAUCAUUGAGACCAAGACCCGUGGUGGCUUAUGGAGAAGAUGACAGUGAGGAGGAGGAGGCCCGACCCAAACCCGUCCCUGAUUGUUACCUGCGAGGCUCCUCGAUUGGCUCCAGAGAUCAGCCCAAACAGAGGACGGAUCGCACCUGGAAGGGCAGGAAACACACACGGCCGACGCACCACAGGGGGCCCCCCCCCCACCACCAGCAGCACCGCAGGGGGGCGGAGCUCCGAGAGCCCUGGUCGACCCCCUCGGACCAGCGAGGGCUCCGUGGGUGGGGGUAUGGCACCAGCCUCUGCUGGGAACACAGACGGGGCUCUGGUGAAAGGGGGGGGUCCGCUCUCGGGGGUCUGGAACAGGAAGCUGGCCCAUGGGGGAGGGGCCUGUGGACCCGGCUGGUGUACGUGAGCGUCCUGCUCUUCCUGGGGCUGGUCCUCGCUGUAUGAACCCCGCGUCCUCAGCACUGCUGGGGGGCCAUCUUCACCGUGAUGGGCUGAUAGAACAGCACAAGGACAGCCCCCACCCUGCUCGUUAGAUGCAUUUGAAUAGACACACCAAACACAUUCUGUCCAAAACGCUGCCCCCCCCACGCACCUUGCUGCAGUAAGGACACUCUCCGAAGACCAUGUAGAAGCUUUGCCGGCUGGAGGGGAGCGCUCGCAGCCACUGGGGGGGGCAGAGAGAGGAGCGCUUGUUUCAACACUCACUGCUGAAGAUGAUCAGACACAUGACAGCAUUUACUGCAGAGGACCACUGUGUCCCAAGGCCGUGCUGCUGAAUGUGGGGACAGCGUUGGCACUUCAAAUGAGAUCAGAGUGAAGAGUCGUUGUUCAACAUCAUCACACGUGUGUAAAAAAUACAACAAACAAGUGUCUAAAAUACACGUUUUCUUAAGUGA